UGGAAAAAACAAGGAGGGAGGGAGAGAGAGAGAGAGUGAGGAUGUUCAUCUCUGAGAGAGAAGCAGAGGUUUCGAGCAAUACAGAAAUAUUUGAAGGAAGGAGGGGAAUUUGAUUCCUAAUCAUCAUAUUGAUAUCAAGCGAGGAAGAACAAGAUGUGGCCUCCACCCUCCAACUCUGCAGAUAAGAUGACUCCGAUGACACGGCUGGUUGCCGUGGCCAUCGACAAGGACAGAGGCAGCCAGAUUGCCCUCAAAUGGGCUUCCGACAAUCUUCUUGUAAGAGGCCAGACCGUUAUUUUGGUCCACGUCAGACUCAAACAAUCUGCCUCCGGAUCUCCGUUGUCCUCUCCAUGGCCUAACCAAGCGUCUGAUGGUGGAGACGACGUCAUCGGAGAUGAUCCGCAGAUGAAGGAGCUGUUCCUUCCUCUCCGUGUCCUCUGCACACGAAAAGAUAUACAACGCCACGAGGUUGUGCUGGACGAUGCAGACGUGACAAAAGCUCUCAUUGACUUUGUUAGGCAAAAUGCAAUUGAUAUGUUGGUUCUUGGUGCUACAAACAAAGGCAGCAUCUUCAGAUUUAAAGCCAAAGACGUUCCUGGAAGUAUACUAAAAAAUGCACCGGAUUUUUGCACUGUUUAUGUCAUUCACAAGGGGAAGAUCUCAUCCACGAGAGCUGCCUCUCGUCCGCCUCCAUCCAGCCAACUCCGUAACCAGAUAUUGCUUCAAGCCAGCAUCAAAUACAAUAAUACAGUGGAGCAGAAUUCCUUGCAUUCAACUACCAGUUCUAGAAGUUCGUUUUCAGGAAACUCACGGCCCGGAUCUGAACAAUCUCCACGCUCAAGCAGGCUAAGUGACGCGACCUUCAAGUCACCAUUCACUUCCCGGAGAGGUCCCAACGGAAGAGCUUAUGACAUCUCACCACCGGAUACUGAUAUUUCCUUUGUCAGUUCAAGGAGAAGUGUAGAUGUAUUUCCUAAUUUCAUGGAUAGCUUUGAUAGUGGUCCUACACCUCCGCGGCUUUCUGGAUACUCGGAUGUAGAUUAUCAAGGCUUUGAUUCAUGGAACCUCGGACGCAAAUCAGUAGACGUUUUGUCCCCAAUUGAUUUCUCGAAUUCACCUGAAAACGAUAAAGGGUUCGCUCCACAAAAUAUGGACGACGUUGAAGCAGAAAUGAGAAGGUUAAAGCAGGAGCUCAAGCAAACAAUGGAUAUGUAUAGUACUGCAUGCAAAGAGGCGCUCACAGCAAGAGAGAAGGCGAAAGAGCUUCAACGAUGGAAAAUGGAUGAACAGAGGAGGUUAGAAGAGGCACGAAUUGCUGAAGAGACAGCUUUGGCUCUUGCUGAGAAAGAAAAGGCAAAGUCUAAGGCAGCACUCGAGCAUGCUGAAGCUGCUCAAAGGAUAGCGGAGAUGGAAGCUCAAAAGAGAAUAACUGCAGAAAUGAAGGCCUUAAAAGAAGCAGAAGAAAAGGGUAGGGCCAUUCAGACAGAUUGCAGGUACAGGAAAUACACAAUCGAGGAGAUUGAGGUUGCUACGGAAUAUUUUGCACAGUCCAGAAAGAUUGGAGAAGGAGGUUAUGGGCCGGUUUACAAGUGUUAUUUGGACCAUACUCCCUGUGCUGUCAAGGUCCUUCGCCCCGAUGCCACUCAUGGAAGAUCACAGUUUAAUCAAGAGGUUGAGAUUCUGAGUUGCAUACGACACCCGAACAUGGUCCUACUUCUAGGUGCCUGCCCGGAGUAUGGUUGCCUAGUUUACGAGUAUAUGUCCAUGGGAAGCUUAGAAGACCGUCUAUUCCAGCGUGGUAAGACUCCACCGUUAUCUUGGCAGCAUAGGUUCCGGAUUGCAGCUGAGAUUGGGACUGGCUUGCUUUUCCUCCAUCAAACCAAACCCGAGCCUCUGGUGCAUCGUGAUCUGAAGCCUGCCAACAUUCUACUCGACCGCAACUAUGUCAGUAAGAUCAGUGAUGUCGGCUUGGCCAGGCUUGUCCCUCCAUCCGUAGCUGACAAUGUCACUCAAUAUCGGAUGACAUCCACAGCUGGAACCUUCUGCUACAUUGACCCGGAGUAUCAGCAAACGGGUAUGCUUGGUGUGAAAUCUGAUAUAUACUCCCUAGGAAUAAUAUUUCUACAGAUUCUUACGGCCAAGCCCCCCAUGGGAUUGAGCCACCACGUUGGAAGAGCUGUCGACCAAGGGACGUUUGCUGAGAUGCUCGAUCCAUCUGUGCCUGAUUGGCCUUAUGAAGAAGCCUUGACCCUUGCCAAAAUAUCACUCAGGUGUGCUGAACUUAGAAGGAAAGAUCGGCCCGAUCUUGGAAAAGAUGUGCUCCCGGAGCUGAAUAAGCUGAGAGAACUUGCAGAAGAUUCGUAUUCAGUGCCAUACAGUUCGCAUUCUCCCUGCCAUAGUCAAGUUUCCAUUUCCAAAGAGGAUUUGAGUUACCAAGCAUCUUCAACAUCAAGCAUGGGGAGCUAAAACGCGGGUAGAAAUUGUCGAUAGACUGGAAAAAGAUAAUGUUUAACUGUUAAUAGAAGUUCAACACUGCUCUUUUUAUUCAGUGAAUACUUUUGAUUUAUGUAAAGAUUUAUAGGUUUCACGAGGCACACCAUCGUGCAUGCCUCGUGAGGUUCUUGUUUCCUUCAGACUCAACAGAGAGGCUGAAGAGCAUGAACAAGGGCCAGUUUUUUCAACUUUUUCCUUUUUCACCUCUCAGUUUCAUUAUCUCUUUUUUUGUUUGUUCUGUAUUCUGCAAAACAAAAAUAAAUGUUAAAGAGAAUGAGAGAACUCAUUUUCAUGGUGUUGUA